UUUAAUUGUUCUUUUGAACACGAAGCUCGAACCAAUAUGGCUGUAUUUUGUGUGUGUAAGUCACGUGACCCAAGACCAGCAACUCAAACCGGAAGUUUUGCAGAAGAAAGUUGUCUGCUAUGUUGCAGGUUAUUUUUCUACGAAACUAGCCGUCAUUAUUACAGGCUGCAAUAAAUUGUGAAUAUGAAGCGAGUCUCUAAGCAAAUCGUCUGCAAACCACCAUAUACCCACAAGUUUCCAGAACAACGCAAUCAUCGUCUGCAUCAAUACCGCUCAAAGAAAUGGAACACCAGCUUUUGGGACUUGGCUUACAUCAAUGGUUUACAUGUCCUUUCCCCUCUUAUGCCAUUCCUUAUAUUUAUUGUGACAGUACUAUCAGUGGUAGCUCUGACUUUUGUUUUCUGCUUGGAAGACUCUCCAAAUCACCAUGACAACAUUGCCAGAAUGGCUGCCCGCUUUUCAAGGCAGCCAUACAUUCAGGAUAUGAGGGAUUAAGAAAACAACGAGAGAACAUGCUGAGGCAUUAUGGGUAUAGCGAGUCCAUGGGAAGUGUGGAGAAGAGAUCGCUACUAUCACUGAGCGAGUUCAGGGAACUGUACGAUGCAAAAUGGCCUGUGAUUGUCACAGACAUAAUUCCAUUCUGGGAGGCCUAUAGAACGUGGAACAAAGAGUUCUUUCUGACACACUAUGGCUCACAGAACGUACUGAUGCGAACUGUGAAGGGUCGUCUCAAUGAGAGUGUAGCACAGGUCAAACCACUGUCAGACUUUGUCAGGCUGCUGGACCAGACAACAGACCCAACCAGCUGGGUAUACCUGGAGGAUGAGCUGUUCCUCAUACAAAACCCCAGACUCCGAGCAUUUGUGGGUUCAAAUUACCUUCUAGAUGAGAACAUGUUCUCGCUAUUCCCCCCUGAGAUACGUCCCUGGGACUCCAUGUUGUUGUGGGGUGGGCAACAUUCCCGGUCCUUCCUACACAUGGACCCGUACAACUGGACAGCGGUGAACGCAGUGCUCUGGGGCGCGAAACACUGGAAGCUGUACCCACCAGGGCAGGACCAGUUUCUCUAUAUCGUGCCAGAUCUCAAAUGUGGCUUUCCUUUAGAAUGUAGAAAGUACAACAGUGAAGUGGAUGCCUUUGAUGUUGAUAUAGAGAGAUAUCCACUGUUCAGAAGGGCCUCUCACUUGGAAGUAGUCCAGACAAGAGGGGAGGUGAUCGUCAUACCAUCUGGCUGGUUUCAUCAGGCGUACAACAUAAACGAGUGCCUGUCCGUCUCCAUGCAGCUGAUGAGCCCCAGCAACCACCUAGCUGUCCUGGAGGAGAUUGUCAAGGGAGGUAACCUCCAUAGGGACAAGUUGCCUCCCCUCUUCGAUAGCAUGGGACCUGUGGAGCAGGUGAAAUUGUUCAUGUCGCUAAUACCAAAAGAAACACUGCAGAGUGGAGAAGACACAACCAAGAAGGUCCUGAAACAGAAAGCAGAUGUGAUCGUUUAGAUUUACCAGGAUUGAAAUUGCGCAGGCUGAAUUUGAGAUUGCAAAGCGAGUAGGGUAGUGAACUCUGAUAUUGCCUUAUGAGUUAGUCUUCUGAAAAAGCUGUAUACAUUUCAUAGAUUAAUUUCGCCUCCCUCUCAGAAAACUGGAAUUAAUACAUGUGUCUUAAGUAUCAACCCAGAUUAGCCUGUACAGACUGCACAGGCUUACGAGAGACAACACUUUCUGCAUUGAUGGUAUUUUUCCAUUUAAAGGAAUUAUUUUCUUAGUGAAAAUACAGUAUAGGCAGAAAGUGUCAUCCCUGAUCAGCUUUCGCAGACUGCACAGGCUUAUCUGGAACAAUACUUAACCCUUUGCAUGCUGGGAAUUUGUCAUCUGCUAAAAUGUUGUCUGGUGAAUUUCUAAAAUUAGCAUUUUCUUCGAUUUUUUUCAAAGAAUACUAUCAGAAUAGCAAACAGUUUGGAUCCAAAUGAGACGCCAUGUUCUGUGGCAUCUCAUCUGGAUCCAAACUGUUUGCAAAGGCCUUCAAAAUUCAGUUCCAGCACUGAAAGAGUUAACAUACAUGCAUUAAACCUAAUUUUCUUACAGUAAGACUCAAUUGUAUAGUAAUAACUGUCAAUUUUAACUUAUUCAUUCGAACUCUAUAAGACACUUGAUUGCUCAACUUGAUGUCAAUAUCCAGCAUGUUGUGAGAGUUGUUUACAUGCUUGAGAUUUGAAUAUUUAUGUGUAAGAGUGUUUAAGCAUUGUAUUAUUGCACCCGUCAGUCCAAUUUGUAUGUACCUAAUUCCGAAAUGUUGUGUGGACUUCCCUAGAAAUUUAUCAGCUGAAUGACCUUAAUGUGUAUAUGAUCGUAAUGAAAGGAAUUUUGGCUGCAACAAAUAUGAGCCGUGUUCUGAGAAAACUGGGCAUAAUGCAUGUGCGUAAAGUGUCGUCCCAGAUUAGCCUGUGCAGUCUGCUUUUAUUGUAUUUUUAGUUCCAAGGAAGUCCCUCCUUACCGAAAAUCAAGUUUAGGUGGAAAUUACCGUCCCUGAUUAGCCUGUGCGGACUGCACAGGCUAAUCUGGGAUGACACUAUAUGCACAUGCAUCAUGCCCAGUUUUCUCAGAACGCGACUCGUAUAAACUAUAGAAUAAAUACCUUACAAUUGUUUGUACUCAACUCCUCUUUCACCGCUUGGUGGAUUUCAAUUAAACUUUUACAGCUGAAGAACCUGAUUGUUAGUGUAAUCAUUUAGUAAAUUAAGGCAGGGUCCAAUAUUUAUCCCCAAGCUUUUUUAAAAGCGUGGGGAUAUUGUGGUUAUCUCCGCGGUCUGUCCGUCCGUCCUGGCCACUAUCUCCUCCUACACUAUUAGCACUAGAACCUUGAAACUUACACACAUGGUAGCUAUGAGCAUAUGUGCAACCCUGCACUAUUUGGAAUUUUGAUCUGACCCCUGGGUCAAAAGUUAUGGGGGUCGGGGUGGUGCCGCGUCAAGAGAUUUUCACUCAUGUUUUAUGUUAUUUUACAUUAACUUCUUCAUUUCUACACAGAUUUACUUCAAAUUGAUACUGAACAUCUCUUACGACAAUACGGUCAAUCUCACCUUUGCAUGGCCCCAUUACCUACCCUGGGGCGCCCCCUGGGUCAAACGUCGCGGGAUACGCGUCGGCCUCUGCUGGGCCAUUUCUAGUUGCAGAAAUUAUGACCCUUUGUCCUUUUUAUGCCCCUGGUUCGAAUGAUGGGGGGUAUAUUAUUUUUGGCCUGUCUGUCUGCCGGUCAUUUAUUUUGUGUGUCUGUCCCACAACUUUAAAAUUGGUCGUAACUUUUGCAGUAUUGAAGAUAGCAACUUGAUAUUUGGCAUGCAUGUGUAUCUCAUGGAGCUGCACAUUUUUAGUGGUGAAAGGUCAAGGUAAUCCUUCAAGGUCAAAUGUCAUCCUUAAAGGUCAAAGACAUGGCUUCAAAGAGGCGCAGUAGGGGUUAUUGUGUUUCUUACAAACACAUCUCUCGUUCUGUCAUAAAAUACCUACACCAAAGGGUUCUGUACUCCAACUUCUCUUUUUGCCGUGUGUGGGAUUUUGCAUUAACUCUCACAGACUAAGAACUUCCAUGGACAGGUAAUUCAGGUAAUUUUAAGAGGUGAUGUUUGUAGAAUUACAGCUCUUAGUCAUUUUUUCAACAAUUGAUACUAACACAUGUUUGGGAUCCUUGUGUAUGUUCACUGACCAUGCUCCAUUAAUACUCUGACCUGUAAUUUAGCACUAUUAUCCCAUUUUGUGUACUCAGAAAAUGCUUGUUAAUAUUUGUGUGCAUCUACAACA